GCAACUUUUACUUCCGGUUGACUUCAGCUUCUGCACAAGGUUUUUUGGGUAUAGCAGUAUUCUUGCGUGGUGCUUCUGUUAUCCUACAUCAUCCGUGAGUUUUCUCAGCUGCAUUUGCACUUUGCAGUUCUAUAUCUCCCGGGGAUAUAUUUUGUUUGUCGUAUGUCCAUCCAGAAUCUCAACACAUUCGACCCCUUUGCAGAUGCAAUCAAGGGUUCAGAUGAUGAUGUCCAAGACGGUCUCGUGCAUAUAAGGAUUCAACAACGAAAUGGUCGUAAGACCUUAACAACAGUACAAGGACUUUCAUCUGAAUAUGACUUGAAGAAAAUAGUGAGAGCAUGUAAAAAGGAGUUCGCCUGCAAUGGGACAGUAAUCGAACACCCGGAGUACGGAGAGGUGUUGCAGCUGCAGGGGGACCAGCGAGAAAAUAUAUGCCAGUGGCUAACAAAGUCGGGUCUGGCCAAACCUGACCAACUCAAAGUCCAUGGUUUUUAACUAGCAAACACCCAUGCCACUAUCUAAGAACACUCCACCUUCAUCAACACCUUAUCAUCUUAAAUUAUUUGUAUCAGUCACUAAUACUUGUUGAUACAUCGUGAGAUAUCCUAUUAUAUACACAUAUAUAUUUCAAUAAAAAAUAUAUAACAGUAACGAUAUAGGCACAAUAUUCUAAUCAGACAUUUGUAAGAUUGUAGGAAGCAAUAUUUUACAGCCUUAUGUUAGGUGUAAUCCACUAAACUCAUCACAUUUUAAAGUAGUAGCGAUAACUAAUUAGUGAUUUGAGAAAAUACUUAUACAAGGAAUAGAUACAAAUAGCAACGGAUGGCUCUUUUUUUUGGGAUUAGGUAGUAUGUAUCUUGGCGCUAUAGAUGUGUUCAGAGAAAGAAGAGGGAGAGAGAGAUAUAUAUAUAAAAAAAAAGUUAUUUUAGGUCCCAGAUUGGCUUAUUGUGUGUAGUGCUGAAUGCUUAGUUUUGUUUAUAAUAAGGGAACAGGCCUGGUUUUUUUACAUUGUCAUCUCCAAGUUAUGUGCCUUUAAUUCCAUAUUAAUUGUAUUAUUUAUUGAAAAGAUUGUCAUUUAUUGUAAUGAAUUUAUUUUGAGGGAGAAUUGCCAAUUUUUUCUUUUUUUGAACCAGUAUUGACAACGUAAAAAUAACAAUUGUUUUAAAUAAAAAUGUGGCUGUUCUAAAUAAAUGGUAAUUCACCACUA